CUUAGUGGUGCAUUGCAGGUAGUAUAAAACAUCUAUGCGUCCAAUUUAUUUUCACAUUCAUUUGUCUUACGAGUUAGGGAGGAUGUUGUUUCUACUCUGCUUAUCAACUGUCUUAUUGGCUUCCAGUUCCAUAGCUACUGAUCCAGAAACGGUAUCCAAAAAUGCAGACGAUAUAAGCAACCAAGACAAGUUAGACUCGAAAGACUUCUGGAAACUUAUAUUCAACACCUAUUAUGAUCUAAAGGGAUUAAGGAAUGAAACUACAGAUAGUAUUGUAGAAUCGUUUUUUGAACACGAAUUCGAAGCCUAUCCCGGUGAACUAUAUCCUGCGUUCAAAAAGAUUUUUGAACAUAUUUCGAAGUCAAACGAUCGAAUAUGGAACUUAUACGAAUCGAUUCUUUAUCUAUAUCACAAUGUUGAAGCUUCUGAUUGGGUUUAUGAAACAGUGUUGAGGAGAGCCGCCCUUGGAAAGAUUUUAAAAGAAUCCGGGGAGCUGGAUUUAGAUGCCACUUUCUCAUUCGACGUACGAUCGAAAACAGAGUAUGCCAAUCUGGAACACCGUCACGGAGUUGUAAUUGGGGAGGACGAAGUAGUUACGGAUUCGUACGAACAACCUUGCGGAAAUGAGGGUGGAGUGGAAACCUUGCAAGUAGGCUCCAUUCGUGCCAUACCAGGAAUGCAUUUCCCUAACUACGAAGAUAUUCCUAUCACUUCUUUCACUUGUGCUGGAAAGCAUAUUCCUGGUUUUUAUGCCGACUUGGAAACUGGAUGCCAGGUAUUUCACGUUUGCUAUCCUCAUCGAAGAGAAAGCUUCUUGUGUCCAAUUGGUACCACAUUCAACCAAGCCAUUUUGGCAUGCGACUACUGGUACAGUUCUAAUUGUUCUCUUGCUCCACUGUACUUCCAUUCCAAUCGAAUAACAGAUGAGCAUAUAGAAGGUACAGAAUCUUUUGUGGAUCAUCUGCUGGGACAAUACGAUGCUGCUUCCACCUCAACUCGGCAGCCUGCUGACUAUCCUACCAAGAAACCUAAAUCUCCAAAAAUUAAGAUUGUUCUUCCAAAUAUAGAUUGGAGUCUUAUGAUAAAAUUCUUGCCUGUUAAAUCCAAAAUAAUGGAAUGUCCAGAUUUCUGCGAAAAAACUUCUUUUUCAUAUCAAACGGAGUCUACAACAGAUGCUGUACCAACGACUGUAGAAUACACUGAAACAACGACUAUGCAACCAAGUACUGAGCCUGCAACUUCUGUACCUCCCAAGAAAGAGAAGUAUGAUGAAAAGACAACAAAAUCCGAAAUACUGUUGGAUAUACUGAAAGCAGUCGAGAUGCUAACAAAAGAUGCCGAGGGUUUCCUAACUGAAGCAGUUCAAAAGAAACAUAAGCAGAAUGUAUCUUCUGGAAUCAAACCGGGUAUUAAACUUCCAAAGGCAAAAGAACUGGCAAAACCAGCUCGUGCACCUGAACUUCCUACACAGAAGCCAAAACCUCUUCCAGAAAUAAACCAAAGAUUUGUUGUGAAACCAGCCCGAAAGUUGCCGUCUCCAAAAGUUUCACGUAGCAGAUUGCUAAAGCCAUCUAAAACUGUAGAAUCUAAAAGACGGAUUUAUUUUCGAAAGAAAGAGCCAGCCAAGUUGAUCUUGGAAGGAAUAAAAGCCAUUUCGCAUUUGUUUGAAUAAGCUGCAUCAUUUUAAAGAAUAUUGUUGCUGUUAAUAAUUUAGUCUUGCGAUCUAAUAAAUGAUGUAUAUGUUAA